AUGGAGAAGCGUCCCGAAAGACUGUCUUCACAAGUUGGCUUUGACCGCGCGAAUGGCAUACUUGGGUGGCGAAGGUAUGGUUUCGUUGCUUCGGGACACUGGUACACACUAGGGAAUGUGAAAGUUAGUUGUAAUAACAGUAAAAGUGAAGAAAUGAAAUCGAUAAAAACUGAUGAAUCGCUAUUGAUACGAAAUGCGACGAGCAACAAAAGUAAAUAUGAUGAAGAUAACGAAAAUAAUUCAAAAGAGAUAACUGAAAAUACAACAGUUAUCAAUGAUACCAAAAUUGGAUAUAGCAUUUAUGGAAAUGGUUUGAAUAAAAUGUUGUUUAUUUGUGGUGGCGUAGGAUGCUAUAAAAAAGACUAUCCAUUGAGCCUCCAGAAAUCAUUUAAUCCAUCGAAUUACACAAUCGUUUGUAUCGAUCCACCGGGAUAUGGUACCAGCAGACCACCGGAUAGGAAACAAGAGGUAAAUCGAUGUAUGAAAGAUGCAUCGUUCUGUAUUAAACUGAUGCAGUACUUGAAAAUGAUACCGUUCACUGUGUUAGGAUGGAGUGAAGGUUCAAGAACAGCAAUUCAUGUUGCUGAUCAGGGCCGAUUUGGGUCACUAAUCAAAAGUGUGAUUCUGUUAUCAGCCGCAUCUAGAAUUGAUUAUCGAGGUGUUCAAGUAUUCAAAGGUAUGCGAAACACUGAACAGUGGCUCUCACAUACAAUGGAUUCAUAUCUAGAAUUUUAUUCUAAAGAAUUUGUAUCAAAACAAUGGGCUGAUCUGUGUGAUAUUUUCGAAGAAGUAUAUAAUCUACUGGGUGGUCGGUUCCCAUGCGAUUACGUUCUAGCGAACAUAAAAAUACCUGUGUUAAUUUUAAACGGAGGCAUGGACCGAUUUUGCGCUGAUCCAAAUUACUUCAAAUCGGUUCUGAAUAAUUGCAAAAUUGAAAGUCAUCUGCUUGGUGGCCAUGAUUUUUACAUGAAGUAUCCCAGAUGGUUCUCUGAACGUCUUGAGGAAUUUUUGAAAGAAAAUAAAAUUUUCUUGCUAUCAGCCAAUGCUGAUGGCAAUACUGCCAUUAAUAACAACAAUGAUAAAAGAGGUGAAGCAUAA